CUCUGCUGGAUUGGCGGAGUCACCCUGUUUCCGAGUGCAAUACUUUUAGUGUCUCUUUCUCUCUCAUCAUCUGUAGCAGUAAAGUUCUCCAUGGACAUGGCUUCGUGAUAGUUGCUGAAAACAUUGAUACGCUUGCUCAGUGGGAUAUUCACCAAUUUGCGUUCGACAUCACUUCAAAUGGAAGCUAUUCAAGCCCAAUCCGAAUUGCUCUGCGCCUACAUCUCCGAUUGUUUGAACUCUAUCACCAAAAAUGAUGUUAAGAUAUUAGGGGCCUCUAUGGGCGUGGCCCUUGGGAUCUACUACCUGGCACAUCAGACCAAGAUUUUCUUCUUAAGAAAGCGUUUGCGGAAACGGGUCAAGGAACUCCAACGUCAACGAUUGAAGGCUAUCCAAAGGAUUCAGGAGGCCUUCCCAUCACUGUCUACCCGUCAGGGGGAUAUUAUAGCUUUGGACUUCCCGGUGUUGAGACAAAAGCUCCAAGAUGGGGAGCUUACCUCGGUUGAGGUACUGGAGGCCUUCCAAGCCAAAGCCAUUGAGGUCCAUAGAGAUACCAACUGCGUUACCACCUUCAUUGGUGACGCAAUCACUCGGGCCAAAGGUCUCGAUUCGUUGCCCAAGGAAGCUCGUGGACCACUUCAUGGCAUGCCUUUCAGUUUGAAGGAGCAUAUUCACUUGGAAGCCGAAGACUGCACUGUGGGCGUGCCGGGGAGUAUUCGGGCGCCAAGUGCUCGCGACGCCGAACUAGUCCGCAUUCUGAAACAUUUGGGGGCAGUUCCGUUCUGCCGCACCAAUCUACCUCAGACGUGCUUGUCGUUUGAUUGCAGUAAUCCGAUUUUUGGACAAACUUUGAACCCCAAUGACCUCACCAGAUCUCCUGGGGGAUCUUCAGGGGGCGAAGGGGCUCUCAUUAGCGGAGGGGGUUCUGUAAUGGGCUUUGGCUCGGAUUUAGGAGGUAGUGUCCGUAUCCCAGCCCUCUUUUGUGGAAUAACUUCACUGAAACCCACGGCUGGAAGGAUCCCAUCGUCUGGCCAAGCCCUAGACGGAGGUCUUGUGGGCGUAGUGGGUGUUUUAAACAGUUUGGGUUUGAUGGCUCGGUCAGCGGCCUCCAUCGAAGAUUGCCUUCAGCAAAUUCUUCGAGAGGACAAGAUUUCCCUGAUCUCAAGAGACGCCAGAUUCUGUCCCAUAAGUUGGAAUGAGUCUCGGUCUAGAACUGGGCAACUCCUACGGAUCGGGUGGUAUGACUUUGAUGGCUUCAUGGAAGCCACCCCAGGUAUGAGACGGGCUGUUCGUGAGGCCAUAACGGUCUUACAAGACCAAGGUCACACCAUUGUCAGGUUUUGCCCACCUGGUUUGGCCAAGGUGGGGGCUUUGUACACCCAAUUAGUCGGGGCAGAUAAUGGAGAGUCCACGCUGAAUCUCGUCAAGAAUUCGGAGAUCGACUGGACCGCGUGGGCCCCGGGGUAUUACUCGUUCAGGAUACCUCUGUGGCUCAGACAGAAGUUGUCUUCCCUCGUGUCCUUCAUGUCGCCAAUGUCUGCUAACAUGUUGACCGCAAACGAACAUAGUUGGCGCUCAGCCGAACUUUGGGAACUGAACAACUACCGCUUAGAACUUACCGAACACAUUCUACGGGAAUGGGACCGACAGGGGAUUGACGUGGUGAUUGCCCCAGGGUUGGCCAUGCCGGCUCAACCCAUUGGCUAUCCUGCUUGGGAACUUCCUGCCGCUUCCUACACCUGCGUGUACAAUGUCCUCAACUUUCCAGCUGGCUCUAUUCCGGUGUCCAAAGAGAAUGAGAAGGAUCAAGAAGCUCUGGAGGAUUAUCCGGGCCAUGAAAAGGACAGCGUUUACGGGUGGAUCAAAGAGGGGACCAAAGGUGCCUUGGGAAUGUCGCUAAACGUCCAAGUGGUGGGACGACCUUGGCACGAGGAGUUGGUCCUGCGCGUUAUGAAGGAUAUUGAAAGUCACUUGGAAUGCUCUUGAAUUGCUCUUGAAUUGUCGGUUGUCAUUAAACAUUUGUCAGCGAU